CACUCGCGCGCACCCGUAUAUCACUUCCGGGCGCAUUCGGACUCAGGGAGGAGACGGGAAGAAGAUACUUAGCGCCAUGUCCGAGAAGGUGUUGCCUGUGAUUGACCUCCGGCUGGCCAGGGGGUCGACGCGCCCGGCUCUCGUGCAGCAGCUGAAGAAGGCGCUGACGGAGGUCGGGUUCAUCUACCUCGUCGGCGUCGAAGGCUACGACGAAGAGGAGCUGCUGCGCCUCACCAAGUGGUUCUUCAGUUUGCCUCUGGAGAUGAGGAUGAGGAUUUCCAAGAAGUCCUUUAAUCCGGAAUGUGAACACGAAUACAGGGGCUUCUUCCCUGUGAUUCCCGGCGAAGUGUCUCACAAGGAAGGUUAGUCUGAGCGAGAGA